UGCCGACGUUUCCGCUCAUUUUUCUUUGGGAACAAUUCGUAAGAAUGGCAGACGAAAAUGAUGAUGUUCUGUACGACUAUCCGGGUGGAAAAGCGAAAUCCAAAGUCUGGCUCUUCUUUGCGUUCAAAAUAAUCAAACCAGGACCUCCAACCAAAGAAAACCUUGACAUGAGCAAGGCAUAUUGUCGCCUUUGCAAAAAGGCUUACGCAAACAAAGGCAAUACAACAAACUUCCAGUUUCACUUACAACAUGACCACCCCCAUGAUUCUACUGGUGAAAUGAAGAAAGCUACAAAACAACCAGUCCAGGCAAAGUUGAGUUUCGCGCCCCCAAGACUCAACUCUGAUAGACAGGCCAUCUUAGAUGACGCAUUGCUGAAGCUUCUUGUUGGCAAAGUGUUACCUCUCAGCCUUGUCGAAAAUAAACACUUCAAAACCUUCGUAGAUCUUCUGGAUAAUAGGUACAAAUUACCAUCCAGACGUGACAUCACUCGCAGGCUUGAAAAGAAAAAGGAUGAGGUGAAGGACAAGGUCCGGACAGACUUAGAGACAUGUGACAAUGUCUCUAUCACACAUGACAGUUGGACCAGUCUAAAAAAUGAGAGCUAUGAGACAGUAACAGCCCAUUUCAUAGACAAUUCAUGGACCCUUUAGACUGCAGUUU